AGGAGAUUUUGUUCCAUAAAAUCUAUUAAUUAUUGAAUUUACAGCGACACCUAUAUAUUUACUUUCACUUUCUAUUGUUAUCCUGUCAUGGUUUAGUGAACAUUGUAUUCAUACACUAUCGAACUUCUUUUGGUCAAAUUUUGAACCUCUUCACAGUUUCGAAUGACACGUCACAGUCAACAUCAAAAAAUUUUUGUCAGGAAUUUGGUCUCAACUGUGGCCAUAUUCUUUCAUUCAUAGAAGAUUUAUUGAGUUAUUAUUACAGAAUUUUACGUUGUUGCCAAGGACGCUGAUUUGAAAAGCAUCAACAGGAGAAAAAGGGGGCUCCUACGGGAGUUAGAGUACUUUUAUUCAAAAUAUUGUGUGAUUAUUUGUGCAUUACUUUUGAAAUGGCCGAGGCUGCCGAUAAGAUGUCUAUGAGAAAUAAAUCAUCUGUUGAUUAUAAGAAAUUGAACGAAACAGGGAAGGGUUCUCCUGCUAAAACUGGAAAACCUAUCACUUCGGGGGCCUCCAUUUCUACACCUCCCGCCAAAGUUAAAAAUCAGACUAGUGCAGUUCUCACGUCUACACCGGCAAAGUCCCCGGAUAAAGCAAUGAAAACAAAAUCAGCUGCCGAAUUAGAAAAAUUGGAGUUACAGCGAAAAUUGGAGCAGUUAGAUGAGAGAACAGCUCGACUGAGAGAGGCGAAAGAAUUAGAAUUGUUACGACAACAAGUUAAAGAACGGGAAAAAGUAGUACAGGAACUUGAAAAGUCUAUUUCUCACUCGCAGUCGCAGGAAGAAGAAAAAUCGGAUAGGAAAAAAACACGUGUUUCAGCAGCCAGCUUUGUCUCUUCGUCAGCUCUGAAGACUUCCAGUUCUGGAGAUAAAGAUACAAAGAAAGAUUAUUUAGAAAAGUUUGAAGCUGGUACAUGUAUGUAAGUAAUUUGUUGGUAAUGCAUUUAUUAGCUUUAUUUAUUUUGUUUUCUUUUGCAUAUUUUAUGCUUGUUUUGG